CCUCAAUCUCACGGCUGCCCCGCUUACUGUUUGUUCAUCGGAGUUUUUGUUUGUAAUUCUUCUUCUUCCAUUCCAUUCCAUGUCAGGCUGAGCUGUUCAUGUCUAUCUCCUUCUGCGGCAAUACAAAUCAGCACGACAUACACUCAUACGGUUAAUUAGUGUAGUACUGGGAAGCAGUAGCUGAAGUUCGUUUGUGGGAUCAUAUGCUUAAGCUGAAGGCUCUGCAAAGAUUUUCCCGGCCCUUCACAUCAUUUAACCAUGCCUGUCUCCUGGUGAAGCCGAAUAUGGAGGAAGCAUUUGGCUUUCGCAGUCUCCCGAGCAGUGGAGCUGGUGGCUUCGGCAGGUUUUCUUCGAGUGCUUGUGUUGCCACAGAAGAUGAGAUGAGCGGUGGAGAUUUUUGCCGGAGGACUCUUUGUUAUCCUCGAACAGAUAACGUACAAGAAUAUACUGAAGAGGCAUCCCUGUGGAGAAGAGAGAAGAGGAACAUGAAACAGGGAGGAGGAAGUUUGUCUCCUCGAGGACUUGAAAGGCUGAGUUGGAAGGAGAAUGUUGCCUAUAAUUUUUGUGAUGGUCGGUCGUUCUCAACUCGUCAUUUUAGCACAACUUGCAGUACUAAGAGACCAGGUGAUUCUAAUAAGGUGGAUCAGUUUUUGACAAUUCUUCCAGAAUAUGUGAAGAUUGUAGAAGUUGGUCCAAGGGAUGGACUGCAAAAUGAGAAGGACAUCGUUCCUACUUCUGUUAAGAUUGAGUUGAUAAGAAUGCUAGUCUCUUCCGGUCUGCCAGUAGUUGAGGCCACAAGUUUUGUCUCUCCAAAAUGGGUACCACAGCUUGGAGAUGCCAAAGAUGUAAUGGAAGCCAUUCGAAACAUUGAAGGGACAAGGUUUCCUGUCUUGACUCCUAAUCUCAAAGGUUUUGAAGCAGCUGUUGCAGCAGGGGCCAAGGAAGUUGCAGUCUUUGCUGCUGCUUCUGAGUCUUUUUCAAAAUCAAAUAUCAAUUGCACCAUCGAAGAUAGUCUCAAGCGGUAUUAUGAAGUUGCUCUGGCAGCUCAGAAACUAUCGAUUCCAGUUCGUGGAUAUAUAUCCUGUGUUGUUGGGUGUCCGGUGGAAGGAAUGGUACCGCCGUCAAAAGUAGCAUAUGUGGCAAAAGAGCUUGAUGCGAUGGGCUGCUCCGAGAUUUCCCUUGGUGAUACAAUUGGUGUUGGUACUCCUGGUACAGUAGUUCCUAUGCUAGAAGCAGUCAUGGAAAUUGUGCCUGUCAAUAAGCUCGCUGUCCAUUUUCAUGACACUUAUGGACAAGCCCUUUCCAAUAUUUUAGUCUCUCUUCAGAUGGGGAUUUCCACUGUGGAUUCAUCUGUCGCGGGUCUUGGGGGCUGUCCUUAUGCUAAGGGCGCUUCAGGGAAUGUAGCUACCGAGGACGUUGUAUACAUGUUGAAUGGGCUCGGAAUAAAGACCAACGUGGGCCUCAAGCAGCUCAUGCAGGCUGGGGACUUCAUAUGCCAGCACCUGGGCCGCCGCUCAGGGUCGAAAACUGCAGUUGCCCUGAGUAGAAGUACUGCUCAUUCGUCCAAGCUUUAAUAAGUUCGGUGAGUUGAGUGAUCAUUCUUGCUCAACCUUGUCAAGCUGGCUUCACCCAAUGCCCCUACAUAAGUUGGAUUUCCCCGGUUCGAAUGAGCUCCCAAAAAAGUAAUAACUCUUGUACGUAUAAUUUCUCUUUGGUGGGGAGGAAAGAGUCCAUUGUAUAAACUAGAGAGCCUUGAUGGCUGAUGAUAUUCACUAAAUUGAUGACAAUCCGAACAGAAAAGAAUUUAUGUUGGACUAGUCUGUAUAUCUAGGCUAUUCAUCGAUUGUCUUAUCAUUCUGUCGAAUUGCAUAAGAUCACGAGCCGAGUGUUGAAGUCACGGAUCCUAAUUUUAAGGGCUUUGUCUAUUUCUCGAA